UUUCCUCAUGAGACUGCUAGGUUGAAGAAGGCCUGUGAAGGAAUGAUAAGCAUCUAUUCCACUGUACAGUAUCCAUUAGAAGUUCUUGUUUGCAUUUAAUUGAAUCAGGAAAUCUUACUGAUGAGGCACAGCAGUAUUGUUGCAGACUAGUAGAAAUGGAUUCAAAAAGUGGUCCAGGUCUCAUUGGCUUAGGCAUUAAAGCAUUGCAAGACAGAAAGUAUGAAGAUGCUGUUAGGAACCUAACAGAAGGUUUAAAGGAAAGCCCUCUUUGCACAACUGGAUGGUUUCAUCUGGCAGAAGCCCAAGUUAAAAUGCAUAGACCUAAGGAAGCUAUUCUAUCAUGCAAUCAAGCUCUGAAGAACAUUGACAAUCUUGGUGCAUCAGGUGGAAGUCUUCAUCAGAAGAAUCUUUGUCUUUGUUUGAAAGCUGAGGCUUUGAUUAAACUCUCAGAUUAUGAGUCUUCGGAAGAAGCCAUUGGUACUCUUGAUCAGGUUUCUGAUGCAGGUAACAUCCCAGGACUUUUGGUUCUCAGAAGCUUGGCCUACUUGAACAAAGGCUUGUUAGAUGAAGCUACAAAGAUUAUGGAAGACCUUCUCUCUUCUUACCCUGACCUAGCUGAAGCUCAUGCCCUCGAGGCUUUGAUUCAUUUUACCAAAAAGGAUUAUCUGCAAGCAGAAAAAUGUUUUCACAAGGCUCUUGAGAAGGAUGCUGAAGUUGCUGAAUAUCAUUACCAACUUGGGUUAACAUAUUGGUCCAUGGGUGAAGAAACUAGAAAAGAUAAAACAAAGGCUCUUACCCACUUUCUAAAGGCUGCAAGACUGGAUACAUACAUGGGCAAAGUUUUCUGCUAUUUAGGACAUUACUACAGAGAUGUAGUAGGAGAUAAAAACAGAGCCCGUGGAUGUUACAGGAAAGCUUUUGAAUUAGAUGACACUGAUGCUGAAUCUGGAGCUGCAGCAGUUGACCUAAGUAUGGAGCUUGAAGAGAUGGAAACUGCUUUAGCUAUCCUAACAACAGUAACUCAGAAGGCAAGUGCUGGAACAGCAAAAUGGGCCUGGCUUAGGCGAGGACUCUACUAUUUGAAAGCUGGACAACAUUCUCAAGCAGUGGCUGAUUUACAGGCAGCAUUAAGGGCAGAUCCAAAGGACUUCAACUGUUGGGAGUCUUUAGGAGAGGCAUACUUAAGCAGAGGUGGCUAUACAACAGCUUUGAAAUCCUUCACAAAAGCCAGUGAGCUGAACCCAGAAUCCAUAUACAGUGUGUUUAAGGUUGCAGCAAUACAGCAAAUCCUAGGCAAAUAUAAGGAGGCUGUAGCUCAAUAUCAGCUGAUUAUUAAAAAGAAAGAAGAUUAUGUGCCUGCUUUGAAAGGUUUGGGCGAAUGCCAUCUUAUGAUGGCAAAAGCUGCUCUAGUUGAUUACCUUGAUGGGAAAGCAGUUGACUACAUAGAAAAAGCACUGGAAUAUUUUACUUGGGCUCUGCAGCAUCAAGCUGAUGUGUCUUGCCUUUGGAAGCUAGUUGGGGAUGCAUGCACCAGUCUGUAUGCCCUCUCACCAUCCAAAGUGAAUGUUAAUGUUUUGGGAAUCCUUGUAGGCCAGAAAGAAGGAAAACAAGUAUUGAAGAAAACUGAACUGCUCCAUCUUGGAGGAAGGUGUUAUGGACGUGCAUUAAAACUGAUGUCUACAUCUAAUACAUGGUGUGAUCUUGGAAUUAAUUAUUAUUGCCAAGCACAACAUCUAGCUGAAACAGGCAGCAAUAUGAGUGAUCUUAAAGAGCUGCUGGAGAAAUCUUUACAUUGUCUGAAAAAGGCAGUGAGACUGGACAGUAAUAACCACUUAUACUGGAAUGCUCUCGGUGUGGUUGCUUGUUAUAGUGGUAUUGGAAAUUAUGCUCUGGCUCAGCACUGUUUCAUCAAAUCAAUCCAAUCAGAACAAAUUAAUGCUGUUGCAUGGACCAACUUGGGAGUGCUUUACCUCGCAAAUGAAAACAUUGAGCAAGCUCAUGAAGCUUUCAAAAUGGCUCAGUCUCUUGAUCCAUCUUAUUUAAUGUGCUGGAUUGGACAAGCUCUUAUUGCCGAGACAGUUGGAAGUUAUGACACCAUGGAUCUCUUCAGGCACACAACAGAACUCAGUAUGCAUACUGAGGGAGCAAUAGGUUAUGCAUAUUGGGUGUGUACAACAUUGCAAGAUAAAAGCAACAGAGAAACAGAGCUCUACCAGUACAACAUUCUCCAGAUGAAUGCUAUUCCAGCAGCACAAGUUGUUUUGAAAAAAUACAUAGAAAGAAUUCAGAAUCAUGCUCCAGCUUUCACAAUGUUGGGUUACUUAAAUGAACAUCUACAACUGAAAAAGGAAGCAGCAGAUGCAUACCAAAGGGCAAUUUUGUUGUUACAGACUGCAGAAGACCAAGAUACUCAUAAUGUUACAAUGAGAAAUUAUGGCAGAUUGUUAUGUUCCAUUGGUGAAUAUGAUAAGGCAAUCCAGGCUUUUAAGUCAACACCUCUUAAAGAGUUGGAAGACAUCAUAGGUCUUGCAUUGGCUUUAUUUAUGAAACGUCUCUAUAAAGAGAGCAGCAAAGCCUAUGAGAGAGCCUUAUCUAUUGUUGAAUCAGAACAAGAUAAAGCCCAUAUCUUGACAGCUCUGGCGAUAACGGAGUAUAAACAAGGAAAAAUGGAUGUAGCUAAGACAUUGCUAUUUAAAUGUUCUAUCUUAAAGAAACCAACCACAGAAAGUCUUCAAGCCUUGUGUGCUCUGGGAUUGGCAAUGCAGGAUGCUACACUGUCAAAAGCAGCACUUAAUGAACUACUGAAGCACAUCAAACAAAAAGAAAAUGAUUACCAGAGGUGCCUUCUUACUUCAGCUAUUUAUGCACUCCAAGGCCACAGUAUGGCAGUGCAGAGACAAGCAUCCAAAGCUGUUCACAGUAACCCAGCUGACCCUGCUCUGUGGUCUCUUUUGUCCCGAGUGGUUGCUCAGUAUGCUCAACGAAAUGCAAAGGGAGGUGCUGUAGCAGGAAAUGUGGCUCAUAUUCUGGACUCAAAUCAUGGAAAGGCGUUACUGUACACUGCAGUAAAUCAGUUGGCCAUGGGAAGCAGUUCAGCAGAAGAUGAAAAAAAUACUGCCCUAAAGACCAUUCAGAAGGCAGCACUCAUUUCUCCAGGUGAUCCUGCUGUCUGGGCUGGGCUAAUGGCGGCAUGUCAUGCUGAUGAUAAACUAGCUGUAGUGAACAAUACUCAGCCAAAGAGGAUGGAUUUAUACUUGGCACUAUUAUCUACUGUUUCUGCUUCAAUUAAAGACAAAGAAUUCCCUGAAAAUUACAACAGAUCUCUAGAGAGAUGGUCUCUCUCCCAAGCUAUCACUAGUCUAAUAGACACUGGAAGAGUAUCUGAAGCUGAAGCCCUCUGCACGAAGAAUUUGAAAAGUAACCCUGAUCAGCCAGCAGUUAUUUUACUUUUGAGACAAGUUCAGUGUAAACCUCUCCUGCAGUCACAAAAACCUCUUCCAGAACCUGUACUUGAAGAGCUACAAAAAACAGUCAUGUCCAACUCAGACUCUGUUUCAGCUUGGCAAUGGUUGGCACACGUGUAUCAGUCCCAAGGAAUGAUGGGUGCUGCAGAGAUGUGUUACAGAAAGAGUCUACAAGUGGCAUCCCAGCAGGGCAGCUGGAAUGGGAAGCUCUCAAGUUUGUUGAGACUAGCACUGCUUGCAUUAGAAGUCUGCAUGGCUAAUAUUUCCAAUGAUCAUUGGCCAUCCUUGGUUCAAGAAGCUACAAAUGAAGCCUUGAAACUUUGCUUUUGUCCAAUGGCUGUCCUCUUACAAGCUUUGUUACAAUUCAACCGCAAAAUGGGUGCAAGAGAGACACGGCGACUUCUGGAGAGAAUAGUGUAUCAACCUGGGUAUCCCAAAUCUAUUGUAUCAACCGCCCGUUGGUACCUUCUGAGACACUUAUAUGCAAAAGAUGACUACGCACUAAUUGAUGUGAGAUGCUGGUAAACAAUGCCAAAACUCACGGAGACACAAGAGCAUUAGAACUGAAUCAGAAGUUGUCCUCACAGUAACAAUGGAUUAUUUUAUAGUUAGGAAACAAAGGAAAAGCUGUAAGAAAGAAUGAAGCAAUUAAUUAAGACUUUACCCCAAAGCAACAUUUUUUUAAACUAUAAUUAUAAUCAUCCAUUCCUUUUCUUUUUUAAAUUUCAAAAAGCUGAAUUUCUUAAACUUGGAUAUAGUUUUCCUUUUACUUUUAAUCUAACUUUGAUCUGAAAACAUCUCUGAUUUUGGAAAGUCCAUAAUGCAAGAAAAACCAUGUUUCUCUUAAUUUCCACCAGUUAUUUGUAAACCAUUGAUUUCUGCAUCUUCCACAGUAUAUAAGACGAUAUCUUUUUUGUAAUCUCUUACCAUUAUGAUAAAGCCUUAAUAGCUGUUUACUAAAUAAUAUGCAAAAGCAGAUUGCCACACUACAGAAUUAAAUUCCUUCCAUGAAUGCUAGAGUUCAGCAGACCAACCUAUUAUAAAAUCCAGAUAAUCUUAUCUAUUUUACUUGUGGUUGAUUUUGGAUUCUGUUGAAGAAGCAUAAUAUAAAUGUUGGUGAGUCUUAGACUGUUAAUGAAUAUACUUAUAAUUCAAAAUACUUGGGUGUGUGGCUGCAUUUAAAAACAUUAAUGGGAAAUUUUGAACAAUAAUGCUGACAGUAUUUAAUUGAUCAUGCAAUUCCUUCAAUUAUGAUGAAAAGACUUGAACUUUCUGAAAUAAACAGAAAUACAGUGUCUUGUUUUCUUAAUAGUGUCGAUAUCAGAUGUAAUCUCUUAACUUCAGAUUUUAAAUUUACUGUUAUCUGUCUUAUUUUUUUCAAAAAGCCCUUCACAUAUUUGAAGAAACUGUAUGUCACUUACAUUGGACUUAGGGCUUUUAGAAAUGUUUUCAGACAUUUACAUAUAUUAUUUAUUGUACAAAAAUGGAUGUGGUUGUGUAUUUUAUGUAUGUAUUUUUCUAACUAGCAGCUUCACAAUGUGAAUUGCUUUGAGAUGUUAUAAAUUGACACUAUUCUAAAAUUAAAUUGGACUUCAAACUGAACUGUAAUUUGGGGAUUCCCAAAUUUGGCUGCACAUUAUAAUCAUCUGAGGUAUUUAAAAAAAAUCAGACCUUUGCAAUCAGAAUCUUCAAGGGCCUAGGACUCUGCAUUUUAAAGGCAUGCCUAAGAGGUUCUAAUAUUUAUUCAGGUCUGUGAAUCACUGGAUUGACAUAAUGAUUCUUCUUCCCUUUAUGUUUUUCUUUAACAAGAUCAAGUACAUGUUAUUCUCUGCCCAUUUCUUCCUCAUCCUCAUAACUGUCAAACUGAUUCAGUGGUUUUAACAGCCUAGUCCACAUACUUAACUAGUUAUGUACUGCAAAACGCUGCCUGUGCAACCAUGGUGCCCAUUCCCUCCUGUUUCUUUAGGAAAAUACUUCCCUUUGCCUCCAGAGUAUACUGGCUCCAUCUGCUGGAACAUUUUGGAUUUAGUUCUUGUCCUGCAUCUGCUUUCUGGAGUGUCCCUUACUUCACAAGGUUAUUUCCACCUACAUUGUAGAUGUGAUUAGCCUUUGCUCCAGGCCUAUAAUCAAAGGAUGACCUUUUGAAUUCAUCACCCAGUUUUGGCUUCCAGGGACUCCAGACCCAGGUUUUCUAGAAAGGAAGGUUGGAGAACACCUUAGUUAAUACCAUCUCAGGUAAUUCUUUUUUGCAUAGAUAUACAUAUAUCUUCUCUUAAUUUUUGUUUCCUGCCUUCUCUUCAAAUUGCUGCUCAGUUACUGUGAGCUUCAUAGUAUCCCUAAUCUUAUAAUAAUUUUAUAGAGCUUACUUUAUGCCAGACCUGGGCUAGGCAUUUUAAAUAUUAUCAUUUAAUCCUAGUUAAUACAAGAGAGUAGUGCUAAACAGCAUGCUUAUAGCAAAGUAAGUUUGAAGUGAGUCAGUGUUCCCAGAUUCUAAAGACUUUAAAAGUACCUGGAAUUUUCCUUCAGAGUUUAUAAAUAAGUGUAAGUAGAAGAAUUAAAUUCAAACUUAUUUCCUGAAGUACGAAUAGUUAACCUUCAUAUUAAAAUAUUUCAUUAUUUUUGUUAUAUUUUCCUUUGAGAGUUAUAGUGUAUUUCCUCUUAAUUUUUAAUCCACCAUUUAGUUAUUAUUGAUUUAUUUUAUUAGAUUUUUAUGGACUAGUUUGGCAUAUAAUAAUCAUUUCCUAGUUUUUUUAUAGACUAAUUUGGCAAUCCAAAAAAUGGAUUUCAGUUUAUAAAUAAACUUCUAAACCAAAACUUGUUGGGGACCACUUGUCAGAUUUCUAGAAAUGUCCCUUAAUUUAAAAUGUUACACCGUUUUUUUAUUUUACAAAAUGAGUUAUUGACAAACUUUCUUUAACUCUGGAAUCUAUGUAGAACGGGAUUGGGCAGAAAUACCAGGGUUGUAUAUUAUGGGAAUAAAAACAAGGUUAUUUAUAAGGUUAUUAAAUAUUAGGUAAAUAUUUAAUGAUAUGUGAAUAUGAAAGUGUGCAUAUUUGGUUGCU